AUGGCCACUUAGUGCAUUUCCUUAUGAUACAUUGACGUUACGGCUCCUUUUAUAAGGAGUAUGAGUAAACAGCACUCCUUUCAGUACCUCCUACCUCAAGUAUUUUCAUUUAUGAUUAUCAGGUUCCAGAAACAGCGUAUCAAACCAAACCAAGAUAAAUAAGUGACCAGGAUACACGUCAUUUCCACUUAUUUCUGCUUGAGCCCUCUUGCAGUUCCUUUGAGACCAGAAGCAUAAUAUGAGAUACUGUGGAACAUCUGGGGCAUGAUUACAAAGACAUCUCCAUUGCAUUUUCCUAUUGCCCGACUGAUGUAGACUCCAGGAGCAUUCAAAGCUCUCAACGAUGGACUAACAAUGUUUUUAUUAGAACUGGUUUUAAUUCAGGACCACAACAUUGAACCUGAUCAAAUGAGCAAAGAAAGAGAAAAUACCCUCAUACAUCAUUCUCCAAUGUGUACACAACUGCUUGAUGUUUCAUUGCUGAUUGAUCAAGGGUGCCCAGGCAAGAGGAUUGUGAUAUUGUGAGACAGUGCUGCUUUUGCUUUGUUCAUGAUGUAUUUGAAGAGAAAAAGAAAAACAUUAUGGCUUGCUUUAAUAGCAUCGGCUUGUGUGCUAUUUUUCAAAUGGCAAGCUGGGAUCAGAGCAACUGAGAAGAAUCAUGAAAAAGAACAUUCUACUUUGGUCCCUCAAGCAAGCAGAAAUAUAACCAAAACUUCUCAGUGUUUACCAAAUAAACGAUACGCCAACCAGUCUUCAAACCUACCCAAGAUGUAUCAGAAUUUCCUGGAAUAUAAACACUGCCAGACCUUUCAAGCUUUGCUGAAACCAAAGGGAUGCUCCCAAGAAUUGUUUUUAUUAUUAGUUAUUAAGUCUAAGGCACCCAACAUAGACAGGCGGGUCUCAAUUCGACAUACAUGGGGAAAAGCAGGGGUUAUUAAUGGAGUUGAAGUCAAAUUAGUUUUUUUGUUGGGCAUUACAGAAAAAUUCCAAGGUCAGCCACUCCAUCAGUUAGUGGCAACUGAAUACAAACUCUAUGGUGACCUCCUUCAAUGGGACUUCCAGGACAGUUUCUUCAAUUUGACAUUGAAGGAGAUCCAUUUCCUCAGAUGGUUUGCUGCAGAUUGUUACUCAGCAAAAUUUGUCUUAAAGGGAGAUGAUGACGUCUUUGUGAACACAUUAAAUGCAAUUGAAUAUCUCAAGGAUUUUCACCCAGAUCAUGAUCUCUUUGCUGGGCACAUUAUUCACAAUGCUAUCCCGAAAAGAAAUAAGAAAAUUAAGUACUUCAUUCCUAACAUCAUGUAUGAAAAUAAAUCAUAUCCUCCCUAUGCUGGAGGAGGUGGCUAUGUAAUGUCCAGGAAAACUGUAUUGGAGCUGCAUCGGACUGCAGCAAAUGUGGAUCUCUUCCCAAUAGACGAUGUGUUUGUUGGCAUGUGUUUGUUGCAAUUGGGGUUAACGCCAAUUUCACAUAUUGGCUUCAAGACACUUGGUGUACCUAAACCAUUCAAUUUUGAUCCAUGCUUAUAUAACAAUCUCAUAGUAGUGCACAAACUAAACCCAGCACAAAUGUGGAUUAUGUGGAGCCUUGUGAAUGACACUCGCUUCAAAUGUGCUAAAAAGAAAAGAAUGAAAACAGUAGACACAGAAAACUGAAUUUCAAUUUUAUAUAACCUCUGAAAACAGUGCUGAAAUAGCAGAGUGCUAAGAAAGUGGA